AUGUUGAGGACCAAGCUGAUGCUGGCAGCUGUUAUUGUCUUGACCCUGCUACAGGUGUGUCUGGCCAAGGAGACGUCGUUUUGGUCGCACAUCGAAGUUAUCGAGAAACGAGCUCAGCUCGCAGCAGCAGAUACCUCCCUCUCCUCUUCUGCUGCAUCUUCACCUAUGCUAGAACGACGUAAGUCCGCAGCUGCUCCAGCUUCAUCAUCGAUGAAGUGCACACACCCUGUUGCACGCGUCUCAUGGUACACUCUCACCCCUCGAGAACAGUCAGCUUGGAUCUCUUCCUUCAAAGCUUUGAACACUCCGAACAAGUCCAUCUUUAUUCGUGGGGGCUCCUUCAUGGACGAUCUUGCCAUGGUCCACGUUGCCCUGCAGCAAGAGAUGCACUACAACGCCUGCUUCCUUGCCUGUCACACUGCCUUCCUUCGUGCUUUCUACUCUCUCAUGCGAGUAUCUGGCUACAAAGGUCGUGAAGCGUACUGGGACAUCUUUGAUGACUACAAGAAAGGCCUUCAGAACGCUGCCGUCUGGAAAAGCUUCGGUGGAGACGAUGGCAAAGGUGGACCUAUCCCCAACGGCCCCUUCCGCAACCUGAAGUGUGGAAUAUUGCCAAACACCAAGAAGGCCGGUUACAGUCUCUACAAGCCUCACUAUGUCACUAGACACUUUAACUCCGACUGGGAACGAAAGCCCUUGAUCCGUGGCGACAUGUACACGUCCCAAUUCAACCCGCAACUCUAUGACACCAUCCUGAAUGAACCGAACUACACUUUGCUUCGUCAGAAGCUCGAAGCUACUGUUCAUUCUUGGAUCCAUCGGUCGAUUUAUGGAGAGAUGGCGCUUUUCUCUGCUCCAUGCGAGCCAGCUUUCUGGUUACUUCAUGCGGAGAUCGAUAGAUACUGGAGGUCGUGGCAGCACAAACAUAAUGCAUGGUACGCCUAUGGAGGUCAUCGAAGGAUCAGGGAGAAGGAUGGAACGUCAAAGGUCGUGCCUGCGAGCUUGAACGAUACGAUUGACUUCUAUGGGAUGUUCGAGAAGGUCAAGGUUCGGGAUGUGAUGCAUCCGAGGAGAGGUAUCAUGUGCUAUCGGUUUGAUAGGCUUAUUGAUGGCUCGCCUGAUAACGCUCCCUAA